AUGGCUGCGGGGGCGAUUUCGCUGUUUCGAAGAUGCGGAACACGGCGAGUAUUGCUCGAUCUUGCACGCGAGCGGGUCAAAGGGGACAGAUUGGCCUCUUCUGCGGCCUCCAGCCAGCGGACCCUCCUCGGCUUGGGAUUGGACGAACUAAGAGAGCUUUCAGCCGAGUUUGCUCUUCCGCAGUGGAGGGGCCAGCAGAUCCACGACGCGAUCUACGGCGAGAUGAGGAAAACCACAAUAGAAGGUAUGCAACAGCUGCCGUUGGGCUUCAGACAGGCGCUCGUCGAUGCCGGUUACGAGACUGGUAGGCGAGAGCCGGUUGAGAUCGUCUCUGAUGAGGACGGGACGCGGAAGGCGCUGUUCGAGCUAAGGUGUGGCAGCAUCAUCGAGGCUGUAGGUAUUCCGGUCGAGCGUGCAAAAGGACGAAGGCGACGGUUCACGGUGUGUGUAAGCUCCCAGGUUGGCUGUGCCAUGCGGUGCUCCUUCUGCGCGACGGGCCGUCAGGGUUUCCGACGCAAUCUUACGUCGGACGAGAUCGUGAAUCAAGUUCUCUCGAUGGAGGACGUGUUCGGACGACGAGCGACGAACGUUGUGAUGAUGGGAAUGGGCGAACCUCUCCUGAACCUGAGGGAAGUGCUCCGAGCGCACCGCUGUCUUAACCGCGACGUUGGCAUCGGCGGUCGAUACUUCACGAUAUCCACGGUUGGUGUGCCCAAUGCAUUAUCCAAACUCGCCGCACACCGAUUGCAAGCCACCCUCGCGGUUUCGUUGCACGCCCCGACCCAGGAGCUAAGAGAGAGGCUCAUCCCCUCCGCUAAGGCAUUCCCGCUCGACGCGCUGCUCGAGGAGGUUAGGAUGUACAGAAAGGCGACCGGGCGACGUGUAACGUUCGAAUAUACCUUGCUCGCAGGAGAAAACGAUUCCGAGGACCACGCCCGCGCGCUUGCCAAGUUGUUGCGCUCCAAAGUUGGACGUGGAUGCCACAUCAACCUCCUUCCUUGGAAUCCAGUUGCUGGAGCAAACCACCAGAGACCGUCGAAGUCUGCCGUCAAUCGCUUCUGCGACGUAUUGGCCGCUGAGCGUGGGGUGUCAUACUCCGUUCGUGCAACGCGUGGUCUUGUGGCUCAAGCGGCGUGCGGGCAGCUCACAGGGGCGUUUGAACGCAAGUCUUCCCGAUCGAACUGGUAG